UGAGAGCCCAUGUUUCCGAGUUGACUUGAACGCAGCAUCAAACAUGUACUAUGUGACGCACACAACGUCAUUUCUUGAUAACCAAAAUGGAGGACUACUCAUCCAAGCAAUCAGUUGAAAAUCUUGACAAUCCUCCUAACAGUCGCUUGUUUCUCGUAACAAGUCGAUCAGUUUCAGAUGAUGUUAUUCGAGAGAAAUUUUCUGUAUUUGGAGAGGUCCAAGGUGUAUGGGUCGUUAAGGACAAACAGACGAAAGAAUCGAAGGGGAUCUCCUAUGUUAAAUUCGCGAAGUCUUCGGAAGCAUGCACCGCAAUGGAGGACAUGCAUGGAAAAUGCCUGUUAGACGGAACGAAGCCCAUUAAGGUGUUCAUUGCCCAGUCAAGGUCCUCUGGUAGACACAGAGAUGUGGAGGAUGAAGAGCUCACCAGAAUAUUUAUAAAGAUUCCCAAAACAUUCACAGAAGAAGAUCUGAAAGACACAUUCAAGGAGUAUGGGGAUAUAGAAUACUGUGUGAUCAUAAAGAAUAAAACCACAGGGGAGAGCAAAGGCUUGGGAUAUGUGAGGUAUCAUAAGCCAUCACAAGCAGCCAUUGCCAUUGAGAACUGUGAUAGAGCCUACAGGGCUGUUCUUGCUGAGCCCCGAAGCAAGAACUCAUCUGCAGAUAAUGACUAUCACAGCAGUGGCAGAGCAGAGCACAUGUCAAGUGACCUGGGAAUGAACCCCUAUUCCUUUGGAGUGUCUGACCCUGGCAGUUAUGCCGUAACUGACUACCGAUCCAGUGACCUCAUCACCAGGUGCCUAAUGGUAUCCUCGAGAGCUAGUGUUACCCAGGAGCAGAUUUAUGGCCUCUUUGACCUCAUACCAGGGAUGGAUUACUGUGAGAUGCAGCGGGAUCAUUGUGGGCUCAACAAAGGACAUGCUGUGAUUCGCUACAACAACCUGGGCUCUGCCCUCUACGCCAAAGAGAAGCUGAAUGGCUUUGAGUAUCCCCCUGGAAACCGCCUCAUCGUGGCCCACAUAGAGGAUGGAGAAGACAGGACCAGUCCUGUCGGGAAGAUGGCAAUGCAGCUGGUUGCUGCUCAGAUGAUGUCAAUGGUGUGGAAUGGUCCUACCACCAGCCAGCAACUGAUGAAGAUGAGCACAGGUUACCGCACAGCCUCUCCGAUGCCCCGCGUCCAGACAGAUGUAUCACUUCCCUCCCUGAAGAACCUGGCACCCCCAGAUAGCCGGGUUAAGGAGCGUCUCUUUGUGGUCUUCAGCCCUGCACCUCUUCCCAUGGACGUCCUGGAAGAUGUCUUCUGUCGAUUUGGUUCCCUUGUGGAGGUGCACCUCGUGCCUGGGAGGAACGUAGGCUACAUGAAGUACGCAGAGAAAGAGAGUGCGGGCGACGCUAUGGCUGCUUUGCAUGGUAAAAUGGUGAACGGAGUGAGGAUGAAGGUGAUGCUGGCUGACCCGCCCAGGGAACCAAGGGAGGAGUCCCACAAGCGCCCGCGGACAUACUAGCCAAUUCCUAGGUAAAAGAGAGGUGACCACGGACAUGACCACGGACAUGACUGGACAUGACAACGGACAUGACUGGACAUACUGAGACGAUGACACGACCAACUACUACAGACAUUGAUUUCUGUAUCUUUUUGUGACAUUGCCACUAGCAUCAAACUUGCAAGACGUUUCUUUUCAUAAUGUGAGGUAUGUUAUCAGUUAGGACUUACAGUAGUGUAGUCACAGUUAAUACUACUUACGAUAUAUACUCAAGCUUGUUCACCAUGUAUGUACCCUGAAUUGCUCAAUAAACAAAAGGAUAAGUUUG